UUCAGACGGGCCCUCAACGCCCCCAGGGCCGGCAAGAGGGCGCCCGGCCGCAGUGCGCAGCCGCGGGAGGAGGUCCUGGCCCCGCCCCUCGCGCUGCGCAGCCGCAGAGGGGAUUUGGCGGCCACGGUUGCCUGACGCGAUGAACUCGGUGGGCUCGGGCCGUUCCCGCGGGGCGCGGGUGACCCGCCUCGUCUCCUUCAGUGCGACGCACCGGUUGCACAGCAAAUCUCUGAGUAAUCAAGAAAACUUGAGACUGUUUGGGAAAUGCAACAAUCCAAAUGGCCAUGGUCACAAUUACAAAGUUGAGGUGACAGUACAUGGAGAGAUUGAUCCUGUCACAGGGAUGGUUAUGAAUCUGACUGACCUCAAAAAGCAUAUGGAGGAGGCAAUUAUGAAGCCUCUUGAUCAUAAGAAUCUGGACCUCGAUGUGCCGUACUUUACAGACACCGUAAGCACGACUGAAAAUGUAGCUGUAUAUAUCUGGGAAAACCUCCAGAAAUUACUUCCUGUGGGAGUUCUUUAUAAAGUAAAAGUCUAUGAAACUGACAAUAAUAGUGUGGUCUAUAAGGGACAGUAGCUCUUAGGGCUUAAUACUGUGGAGAGAUUUAAUUUCUUCCCAUAUUUGAAAAGGCCUUUAUCCCCUUGGACAAUUUAGAAGCU